AAAGGAACUAUCUACAUACUUGUGUGGAUGGCGUACACGAACCUACGUGUGCCGUUCAUUGAGGCGGACGGUAAUCUGGCGUCAGACCUCGCCAAUAUAUUGCGGUGCCCAGAUCCUGAGAGCCCAGUUGGAAGACAAGUCCUACAGACUGUCAUUCCUACUGUGGCUUCUCUUUGUAGUCGUUCCCCUAUCCGACUGGGCGACCUAUUCACAGUAGAUACACUCACCGCGCUGGGCAUCCCGGCUGACAGCCUAUGCAGCAACCUCAAUAUCUCUGACAGAUUAUUCAGUGCUCUUCCGUCAAAGUAA